AUGAAAAAGCUGCGCGGUGCUUUUCCGUCAAUUUCCCUGGUGUUGCAAGACGAGCGCUUUACCAGCAAAAUGGCGGCCGAGGAGCUGAUUGACAAUAUGAUUGAAACCAUGGAAAACGCCCAUGGCGUGGGACUGGCGGCACCUCAAAUAGGGAAACCCAUUCGCUUAUUCGUGGUGAAUACCAAGGGCUUUGUAGAAGAAGGAGAAGAGGAUGAAGAGGGCCUGAACGACUUUUCGGAGGUUUUUAUCAACGCCCAGAUUGAAGAGGAAACCGGUGACGAUUUUGUUUUUAACGAAGGCUGCCUGAGCAUUCCCGAAGUGCGUGGCGAUGUGGAGCGCCCCGAGCAAAUAACCAUUCGUUACUUUGACCGCGAGUGGAACGAGAAGGUGGAAACAUUUGACGGCUUGAAAGCACGGGUAAUUCAGCACGAAUACGACCACAUUGACGGAAUACUUUUCACCGAUCACUUGAGCCCUUUGCGCAAAUCGAUGAUUAAAAAACGCCUGAGUAAUAUUUCAAGCGGCAAGGUAAAAGUGGGCUACAAAAUGAAAUUUCCGGCUUUAAAGAAAUGA